AAACACACACACACACACACACGCAAAGGCAGCCAAGAAGGCAAGGCGUGUUUUAUCAGGGAAAGCACAAACCCAGCCAAUCUGCGACAGGUUGGGUAUCCUGCCCUGGCAGCUAACGUUCUCAGUACUGAACUGGCUGGACCACCUUCUCAGUCACACUCACUGCAGGAGCCUCUCUCUCUGCACGCUCGGCUGCCCACGCUCCUGCUCCUGCGACCUCCGGAGGCAAUGAGACCAGCCGACAACCUCCUCCUCCUCCUCCUCCUCCUGUUGCUGCUGUCAGGUGUCUCCUGUUCCGAAGUAUCCUUGGACCCUCAGUCUUGGGCUAUCCUGGGUCAUGCCGUCUCUCUGCCCUGCUGCUUCCUCGGUACCGGCCAAGUCACACAGAUCACCUGGGACAAGAUGACGGAGCUGGGGCCUCAGAUGGUGGCCAUCCGGAGCCAGGACCACGGCGUGCUCACCCACCCUUUCUACGGGACUCGGGCCCGCUUCCAGGUCACGACCUCUGACCCCGACGCCUCUCUGGUCAUCCAGGACGUGACCCUCGCCGACGGUGGGCGCUUUCGCUGCACGGUCACCACCUUCCCCUCCGGCAACUUCGAGAAGGAGACCUGGCUGACCGUCCUGGUUCCCCCACAGAUCUCUAUCAUACCAGGAGAACGAGCUUUGCUUGAGGGUGACAGGGGGGCAUUGGCCGCUACCUGUGUGACCACAGGGAGCUCCCCGCGAGCGACCAUCAGAUGGGAGAGCGAGGUGGCCGGCAAACAAGAGGAAGCCUUCAUCGAGAACACCAACGGCACCACCACCAUCAGCAGCAGAUUCUACCUGGACCCAGUCCGGUCCAUGGAGGGUCAGAAACUCUCCUGCCUGGUCAACCACUCCACGUUCGCCAAGCCAGCACGUCUAGAUCACCAACUCAGUGUGUACUAUGUUCCAGAAGUCUCCAUCCGUAAAUCCUCGAAUGACUGGUAUGUGGGGAUGGAAAAUGCUGAGCUAACCUGUGAAGAGAACGGGAAUCCUCCAGCCAUUGGCAUUGUUUGGAGCAGAUUGGAUGGUUCUUUGCCGAACAGCAGUGUUUCAGAGGGCAAGAGACUGUUGUUUCGUGGUUCACUGUCCAUCGAAGAUGCUGGUACCUACGUUUGUGAGGCAACCAAUGUGAUUGGGAGCCGGACAGGGCAUGCCGACAUUAAAAUAGCCGAUAACACUGCUGGCGGUGUGAACAUGCUCUCCAUGGCAUUUGUGGCGAUCGGAGCCGUUGGCUUCUUGCUCCUCAUCACUCUGGUGGCUGCAGUAGUCUUUGUGAAUCGCUAUCAUAAGAAGAAGACUCAGGAGAUGGUGGUCAAACUCGAGGAGAUCUCCACCAUGUCCCGCCAGCCCUCCAUCCGGCGCUGUAACUCCAUGUCGCCGUCGGUGGACGCGAGACUUCAGGAUGGAGGCGGUAGCCGGGAGAAUGACCUGGAGCAGGAGCCUAUCCUCCAGGAGGAGCCGCUGAGGGACAUGCAGCCGCAGCUGAGUAACAGCUCCCGGGAACCGUGGCCCGCGAACGGAGAGCUGACGGUCCCCCCGCCGACCUUCGGCAGCCAUCGCUACAGCCUGAGGUCAGUGACUGAGAACCACGCCGAGCCUGCCUACCAGAUUGGCUCCUUCCACUACAGCCUGCGGUACAGCGGACAAGAGAGGGUGGCGAGUCCGGGUCACAGAACGCUGCCACCUCCCCUUCCACUGACCGACCACCGGGACAGCACCAGAGACGUGGCGGGCACUCCACAACAGGUAGAGAUCCUGAGUGGCCAGAACCUGCCGCCCUCCCCCUCAGUGCUCGACCCCUCUCCGGAGGACGAGGAGGAGCUUGUCGAGCAGCAGCAGUCUAUCCACGCGGCUAUGGACCACUUCUACUCGCACAACGGGACGCUCCGAGCCAAGGUCAGCGGGAACAGCAUCUAUAUCUCCCGGAGGGAGAACUGCGUCUGAACGCUCCGGAGUGGAGGCUGGCUCAUUCCCUAUUCUCCGCUGUCAGGCAGAAGCGAAUCACCCUCUUUUGGACUGGUGUGUGUGUGUGUACAGGAGCUGACGCUGGGACACACCCGAACUGUACGGUCCCGACCGGGAGUGAAUCAAUCGCCUCUAUCCACUGUCACCCUCUCUCUCAACCACACGCUCCCCUCUCGACAAUCUCACCGGCCAGACCAGCGUUAGUUUCCCCAUGUGCACUGAGCUCCACCUCAUCAGUGUGGCUCUGGACAUUCUGCCGUUGCUGAAUUAUCCCACUCCUUGUCCGACAUUCAGUACCGGGGUGAGCCGAAAUUCCCUUCGAUUCAAUCUUCCCUGCUCCACACCCAGCUCCCCACCCCUCACUCCGUCCCUCUCACCGGUGAUGUUUUUUUUAAGUCAUUACUUCACUCUGGGGUGUGGUUGUCGCUGGCUGGGCCCAGCAUUUAUUGCCCAUCCCUAAUUGCCCCCUUGAGAAGGUGGUGGGUGAGCUGCCUUCUUGAGCCGCUGGAGUCCCUGUGGUGUAGGUACACCCACAGCGCUAAU